AUGAGCAAAAAAUGGCAAAAGCUGAUAUGGGCAACAGCUGAAGAUUUGGCUAGGAAUAAAGGUCGGGUUCUGUCAUUGUAUCGCCAGAUAUUGAGGAGCCUAAACUCACCCAAUUUGCCACUGAACUUGGCGGCUCGAUUAUCUAAGAAAGCAGAGGUCCGUGCCAUCUUUAUGGUGGCUGCUGAGGAACGACCACACAGCAUCAUAACAUAUCCCAGCUCGACUGACAUGAUCACAGCAGAAUGGGCUAUGGCUUAA